CCCUCUCUUCCCUGCAGCCUGUGAUCAACGUCCAAACUCCAUUGGCAGAGAUACCCCUACUUCCUUGCUGGCUCUAGGAGUGCAGCCAUGGCUCGAGAAAUGGAAUCAAUUUAUACAUCAACCAUUGGAUCUUAUAAGAAAAUUUUAGGCCAGUUUAACCCAUCCUUGGAGAACCUGGUACAUCUUGGCAAUAAUUAUCUCAGAGCAUUAGGUGCUCUGUCCGAAGUUGCUGAGAAUUACUAUAUUGCCAUUAAAAAGAUAGGUGAACAGGCACUACAGAACUCCACAUGCCAUGGACUGGGACAGGUGCUCAUCCAGAUGGCUGAAAGCUGCAAAAGUGCAAGUGCCGGACUUAAUGUAGUGUUCCAAACAUUACAUGGUGAAAUUGUGCAACAAAUAGAUAAGAACACCAAGUUGGACAUGCAAUUUAUUCAUGACAGCCAAAAUCGAUAUGAAAUGGAGUAUCGCCAGAGGGCAACCACUCUUGAUAAGUGCAUGUCAGAAGUUUGGAAGAUGGAGAGGCAAAGGGAUCGAAAUUUACAAAAUAUGAAGGAGAAAGUAAACAUGUUGCAUACAGACAUGUUGUCCUUUGUAAAAGAGAGCCAACGAGCAGCAGAGCUGGAAGAGAAGCGAAGGUAUCGAUUUCUGGCAGAGAAGCACUUACAACUUUGCAACUCCCUUAUGCAGUACCACAGUCGGGCACAGGGAUUGUUGAAUGUACGAGUAUCCACGUGGAAGGAGCAGAUUGAUGCCAGCAGAGCACAGACAGGCCCAGUGGCUCAGAACUAUACAUCUGCUCGUUCAGCCCCAAGCCAAAGGGAUUCCAUGAACAUGACACCUAGAACUGUGGCGGAUGUCCUUUCUAUGGUGAACCGAUCAGAACAGAAUGAAGUCAGAGCUCCAGUUGACAUGGGCAGAAGAGAUUUACAAAGGACGACAUCGAAUGGAUCCUCUGGCAAUUUUCGUAGUCGUUCUAACUCCUUUGGUGAGGUGGCAGUAGCAGCUGUGGCAGCAGCUGCUUCCAGUACAGGGAAUAUAAAGGUUCAAGCUAUUGUCGAUCACAACACAAAAGGAAACCGCACCUUGUUACAGUUUUCUAAAGGAGAUAUGAUCACCGUCAUGGUACCAGAAGCCCGAAAUGGUUGGCUAUAUGGAAGACUGGACUCUCUAUCCAUGACUGGCUGGUUCCCCGAGGCUUACGUAAAAUCACUGGAUGCACGCCAAGAUUCAAGGUCUCCACCAUUGCGCAGUGCUCAUAGUGCUAACGAUCUCCUGGAUGAAAAUGUCCGGCAACCUGCCAACAUAAACAGCCAAAAAGGAAAUGUGGCAAAUGCAGCCUCUCCGCCAUCCAACAACAACAGCAUAAAGAAGGGUCCAGGAGGGUUGCGUGGAGACCUCUUCCCUAGGGGAACAAAUCCAUUUGCAACUGUUAAGCUUCGUCCUACAGUAACCAAUGAUCGCUCUGCUCCCAUCAUCCGAUGAGUUCUAAGAUGUGACCAUGGCUUGAACUGUGAGCCAUUCCUGCAUUGUAUGAAAACCAGUAGGUUCAUGUGAGGACAGCAAGUCUACUGCCUUGAACAAAGCCAUUGGGAUGACAUGUCAAAAUAUCUAAAUCUAGAAAGUUCUACAAAGCAGAUAUUGCACAUAUUGUAAAUUUGUUUGAACUAACCCAGUGAUUGUAAAUACUCUCUAUGAAGCUUAAUGUCAGUGUUGCUUUAUUAUGAGUGAUGUCAUCAACACUGUAAAAAAACAUCUCUUUUGUGUUGGUGUCAGCAGAAAAUAUACAGUGGCUUGGAAAUUUUUUCAGACCCCUGUCCAGUACUUAAAUUUUUCUGAAUAAUUUUGAACGAUGUAACCAAUCUGAAAACACUAUUACUGAUAAAUAGUAUGUAACAAAAAAAAUGUACACAGUAUUUCACAAAAGUGAGUACACCCCUCAUAUUUUUGUA